CUUCAUUAGUUGUCGAAUCUUCAAAGAAAGAAGUUCUGAGUUUUCUUGCUCUUUAAGCCAAAUAUUAAUUCUCAUUGUGCUGAUGAUGAUGUCAGUGACGUCAAUAAGGUGUUUAGUGAUUGUUUUUGCUACAAUUUUAAAAAUAACCAAAGCACAAAUACCCGGCAUUGGUGGAUGUCCAAAUGUUCAUGUCGUGCAAAAUUUCGAUUUGCAUCGUUACCUUGGACUUUGGUAUGAAGUGAAAAAGUAUCCAUUCAUAUUUACACUUGGUGGCAAAUGUAUCACGGCUGAGUAUGGAUUAAAUGCUAAUGGAACAGUUUCAGUCUUCAACAAACAGAUUAGAAAUGGGAGAGAAGAAACGAUUCUUGGUUCUGCUAGAAUAAUUCGAUCCGGUGUUUUAGGCGUAACAUUUUCGAAUGUUCCAUUUCAAACGGAAGCAAACUAUAAUGUUUUAGAUACCGACUAUCAAAGUUAUGCUGUCGUUUACUCUUGUAAUAGUUUCCUGAGUCUUGUUAAUGGGAGAAUUGUUUGGAUAUUAACACGAACAAGAUUUCCUUCACAAGCAGUUAUCGAUAAAGCAUAUCAAGUGAUGAGAUCGAACGGCUUAUCAACGUCAUAUUUGGCGUCUACUGACAACACCGAUUGUCCCGAUGAACUGCCAAAUGGUAUUGAUAGCUUUCGCUAUUAAUACCGCAAUUUGGAUGAGAAGAAUCUCACGUUUUAUCCUUGAAAUCGUAUAACGAGUGAGUGGGUGUAUGUAAUAAAUUGUAUAUAUCGAAUAAAUAUUCUUUAUUAAUCAUCAAAUAAAAAUAGAACUUUAUAUUUGGACCUUAGCAACUGAAAAUGUGACCAUUUUUGUAUAGCAAAUUUCAUGUACAUGCAAAUGUUAACAGUAAACUUAUUAAGCCAUUAAAUCAAAUGAAUGCAAACUGUUAAAUGACUAAUUUAUGUGUUUGAAUCGACACUCAAUAGAACUUCUAUCUAGUAGUUAAAUUAGAGUAAUUUCCACUAACCCCGAAUAAUUUUUUUUGGGUGUUUAAAAAAGAUUUUA